AUUUCGCGAUUUUCAUCUGGUCACCUACAGCAUAGCCUAAUGUACAUAAACAAACGGCGGUACAUGACGACUGUACGUUUAUACAGUACAAGAUCGGUACCGUACCCGUACCCACGUACGUGUAGCUAGCCAGUGGAGUCCGCCCGCGCGUCUGGCCAGCGAAAGAUGGCGGAGCCUAGUGAGAAGGAUGUCAACAAUGCCUUGAACCGCGAAAGAUAUCGUGAAAAGUGGCAUGACUACAAUUUACGAUCGCGAUAUUUGGACGAAUUGUCGACCCCAGUUGAUGUCAGCAAAUUACCUAGGUUAAAGCGGUCGCGCAGCGACAGAUACACAAGUAGAACUAGCGGCACUAGCACUAGUAGCAGCAACACCGGCAUGACCGGCAGCAGCAGUACUGCCAGUAGGCCUAGGCCUACGAACGCAGCUACCGAUCAAGGUGAUGGCAACGAUGUACCGCUUCAUGACGGCUCGGAAGAAAUUCGUUGUCAAUAUGGCCAUGGUGAAGUAGAGGUACUUGAGGCACCUGAAAUCUACCGUCAGUUGCUGUUAGAAACUAACUCCAUCUCCCCAUGUGAUGAGCACUUCACAAAGUUUCUACUGAAUAGAUACAAUUCUGAAAACCACUCAAUUGAGGGCAGCAGAUAUGUAAUGGUAACCAGGAGAGCUAUGUGCUUCAGUGGGACCUGGAAGUGGGCGUUCUACUGCUCCUGUGAUCCAGCAAGGAGUCAAGUGCUGCACUCUGCCUCAGAACAUGUCCAACAGAGCAGUCAAGAUUUACCGGGAUGUCUGCACAUCGACUGCCUUGCUGGUAUCCUGGUUAGAUUUGACGAAAAUGUUGGGAUAACAGCUCACCAUCAAAGCCAAGACCACAGCUAUGCACACGCAUCUGGCCUUGAAGAGGAUGUGCAAAUUCCUCCCAAUCUCAAUGAUGUGUGGCCUGUGUGUGGAAAUCCACGUGCUGCGGUCAUUGUUACGGAUCAAUCAUUUGCCGUCAUUGACAUCGUGGGCAAUGGGUUGAAGUGUUUGACAUGCAGGAGGGGCGAUUGUCAGCACAUCAGUAAGAUCAAGGAUAUUCUUGAGCAAGUGACAGAUUUGCCGGUCUUCUUAUUGGAGAUGUCUGCUCUUUUGGAGUCAACUUCUCUUAAAAGGAAAGCAGGAGCAGGAUCAGUGGCUUCCUGGAAGCGCAUUCCCUUUCAGCUUGAGAGCAUUCAUCUACAAGACAUGGUUGCCAAACCUGUUAUGCAACGGGGUUGUACAGUCAAUGGCAAUCUUCACCUGAUUCCCACACCAGGUGGUAUGUGCGCAUGCUGUCACGCAUCAUGGAGUAAUGACAUCUACCUGAAGGGUGAAUAUCCUGUUUUCACUCUACAGUCAAUUCAUCGAGCAUCAGUUUUCUUCAGGAAGUGCAGCAAUGAGAUGUGUGACUCUGAACUUCAAUAUGAUGGCUUGUCUGACUGCCUAUUCAACAUGACAACCUACUUGAUUGACCACUCCGUCCUGAGACAGUACAUGUACCAGUUUCUGUAUGGAAGAUCACCCAUGUUUGGAUUUUACAGUGUUUGGGUGCAAAUGCAGAAUGAUGCUGGACAUAGCUCUUUUGCAUCACAACUGCACUACAACAAGUUUGUAUGGGCAUGGUAUGGGUUCCUGCGUCUGCUGGACAUCGAUUACCACGAGCAGUUUAUCUGCAGGGAACAAACGUGUGGCGCACAGCCAGAUAUAAUCAUCUGUGAUGCUACCCACCUUUCCCUUCGCAAGGACCUAUCGCUGUGGAAGGACAAUGUGCCGAAGGCUACCAAAGAAGCAAAACAGUCGUCAAGCAGUGUUUACAGAAAAAGCAUCUUUCUGGUUGACACCCAAACAAGGAAGUUGUUAAAGAAGUUUGCCCGAUCGUCAGAGGCACAUCCGUUUCCUCCCAAUGACUUCCUGAUGCUUAUUGAUGGAUGCAAGGAACAUCAAGGCAGCCUACUCCCUUUUCUGAAUGAGCUGGGUUCAACUGGACAUGCAACAGCCCCACCUGCAACUUACAAACCGUUAUUGCAAGCUUUGUCUGCAACUUCUCCAGUUUGUGGACUGCUCCAUCCAGAGGCAGAGUUAUUAGAACUGUUGGAGAAGAUGGCUCAUGGAUUUUCCCCAAGAAAAGACUUAAAUGCUAUGGCUAUUCUCACAAACAAGUGUCCUAUAAUAGCUGACCUCAUUGCAUCGGAGCAAGUUCUUCCUGAAGUACUCUUUCCUGUCCUUUGUGAGCUGCUUCGUCUGGCAGUAGCCCCAUUUGAGCAGUCAACUUCUUCACAAUCUCCUGCUGCUGUUCAGGCUGAGAGAAGCACAGACCACCCACCACCAGACGACUUCGAUGGCAUGUGUUUUUGGCCCCAUUUCCCCCAACAACGGUUAAGGCCAAAAUAUGCAAUGGAUGGCUUGAAGACCACCAGGACCAGUUGCAGGAAGGAUUCCAAAAAUUACGGGAGAAUGACACCUGGAGUAUUUGCUGCUUUCUGUCCCCAUGGAAUCUGUUAUGGUUUCGAAAUUAUGAACCAGUUUGAAUCACCGAAUGUGCCCUUCACUUUGCUCCUCACACGAUUUGAGACACCUCCAAAGAUGAUUGUGUAUGACAACGCCUGUCAUCUUCAUGCCUACUGCCUAAAUCGGGAGCCUGGCAUGUUUAAGAAGACCAAGUUUCUUAUCGACAGACUACACUGGCCCAAUCAUACUGCCUGUUCCGUUGGGUACAAACUAGAUGGGUACUCAAAAUACAAGGCGAUAAACAGCCAAGUUGCCGAACAGAUGAACUCGUCACUCCAGCGCAUCAAGGUUCAGCUGUCAUAUAUGGCUCAAGACAAUUUUUUGUGGCACUGCAGAUUUUUUUUGUGGGGGAAGAACAUGAAAAAACAAAGCGUUCAUUAGAAUAUGAGAAGCAUAUCUGCACUUAAGUGUAUACAUGUUACUUGGUGGUUUUAGAAUCCAAGGGUGGUCAUAAAACCUAUAGGAGAAUGUUUAUUAUAUUGCUGUUUGUUUGUUGUGUUCUAUUGUAUUUUUAUUAGGUGUAAAUAGUCGAAUGGCUUAGACCCCAUUUUUUACAAGAUCGUGAACGACUGGUCCAAAGCACCAACGUGGCAGAUAGAUUGUUAUAGCCCUAGAGAAGAUAUUUUUAAGAAGUGGCACCUGAACAUCUUUUGGGAAGGGUGCCUGAUGUUCAUAAAUCAUCAACACUUGCCAUGUAAUAUGUUUUUUUUUUGCCAUGUUUGGGCAUAUUUGUAUUUUUUUUUUUUUACUUUUUAAAAAGUAUAUUUUGGUGAUCGUCCUUACACACCCUACUUCAAUUACAUGUAAUGAAGCCCACAAGUGACUGAAUGAUAAUGUAAACAUGGUAAAGAUCUGAAAUGACUUCCAUUAUACUAGUUGGCUGCAUUUACCUCAGUUGUCUCCAGAGAUCAUCAAUUAGUCUUGCCAAAUCUCAGUGUUUAUGAGCUUCAAAUUCACCAAGUCGCUUACUGGCACAGUUACCCUAUUAAGACUUUAUGGGAAAUCAUGUAAACAAUGCUAAUAUUGUUAUAUAUAGCCCAAAAAGCAGAAACAGGGAAAAAAACUAUGUGUCCGUAAAUUAGGCAAAAAGGUAGGUGAAGGGUUGCUUAACAAGGGAAACCUGAACAAGUUCAAGGAAAUUCCCUAAAUUAUUGGUAAGAAAACGUUUUGACGUAGACCUAAUUAUUAAAAACAACAAUAAUGUCUUAUAUUGCGGAUUUCCUAGAACUUGUUCAGGUCUCCCACGUCAGGCAACCCUUCGCCUAAUUUUAGCACUAUUUACGGACACCUGAUUUUUCCCCCUUUCUUGUAGCUAAGUAUCAUGAUACUGUCCUCAAUCAUAUGAUUUAUUUUUGUGAGGGUAACAGUGCCAGUAAAUGACUUUGUGAAUUUGAAGCUUGUAAAUUCAAACUUUUGGCGAGACUUGUUGACGAUAUCCAAGGAAAAAGUGAAUGGGCACAACUUUAGGGUAUAAUAUUAGCCAUUUGGGAUCUUUAUUAUGUCCUCGUAUCAUCCAGUCUGUAGUAUGAUGCAGAAAACGUUAUUUAAGUAAGGAUAUGUACCAGUAAGUGGAAUCCCCAAAACAUACUUUUCACUAUAUGUGUAUUUAUAUACCCAAACAUUGCCAAAUAUGGGAAUAUAUUACACUGCAGGUACUAACCAUUAGCGAUUUAUGCAAUUUAAGCACCAUUCCCAAAAGAAUUUCAGGUGUCACCCCUUCUAAAUAUCUUAUGUUGGGGCUAUAAGAAUAGCCAACUUUAGUGGUUUGAACCAGUUGACACGAUUUCGACCUUAUGCCACCCAACUAAAACGUGUUACACUCGUAACCCUUUGAAAUAUCGAAUUGCACACUCACAAUGUAUACAUUCUCCCUUCAAAAAAAAAAAAAUGAUGCACACUCGGGUCCUCCCUAUGCUUAACCCUAGUCAUGUCGUUGGUUGCGCAAAACUUCUUUUUUUUUAGCAUUUGAUGUUUGGGGGACGCCAAAUCAAAUUGCUUGGUGUGAUGCAUUUUGUUUGCGUGGUUUUCUUUAUUUUUUGUUUGUGUCAGACCUCUGUAUCAUGCCAUUUAUGGAAAGUGAAAAAAAGGAAAAUCAAAAAUCUGACGGUCAGUCUGGGGUGGGGGCUGGCAGUUGCCCCUCUGCUUGAUACAGUUGCUGUUGUUCUUGGGUUUGGCAUCUAAUCCUUUCAUUCCUUGAAGAACAUAUUUUGAGUAUGACAGGAUAAUUUUUCUUGAUAUUAGUUGUAAGUUUUACCAGACCUUUUUUGAACAAUAUGCACUGUUAAUGUCUGAUACAAUAUUUGAACAGCAUGGACUGUUAUUGUCUUGUUGUCCAUAAAGUAUUAUUCUCUUCCAGCACACACAUUUAGAUCAUUGUGAUGUGAUUUGUGAACAUGUAAUGAGGUUUGUAUGUAAAAAAAAAAGGGUGUUUACCUAUUGCAAAAUACCCACCUUGGAGUCAGUGGUAGAAAUCAAAACACAAAAACACACAUGUUUGCAGGUGUGGCUUUGUUGAAUUUAUUUAUUAGCGUGAAGUGCGUGAUUACUGAAAUAUAUUUGGUACUAUACAAGAUACAGGAAAUUUAAUGCAUCCGAAUCAGUUAUAUCUUGGAUGCUCAAUUUUGAAAAGAAAUAAAAUAUGAAAGAUUUCACUUAGUGAAUUAUUCUUCAAGAUGUAGGUACUUCUCCAGCAUCAAGUAACUAGUUUGCUGCAGCUACUUGACAACAGCAAAUAAUGGAACGUAUAGUAAUUUAUGUACCCCAUAUACAUGUAGCAAUAGGGAUUUGUUGGACUCUGCAACUCUGUAUUUUUUUUCUGUAUUAUUUCCCAAUAUAGUAUGAGUAUUUUUUUGCAGAACACUCACCAGAUUCUCUUUGCUCUGAUUAAUAUUUUUAAAAACUUUAUUAAUAUGCAUGUACACAUAAACAGGCAUGAUUAUUUUUAUUGAGUUUUCCCAUGGUUAUAAUUGAUUGAAUUUGAAUGAAAGCAAAUGGAUUUGGAUGCAAGACAGAUUGAUUUACAAAUAAAGAUUAUUACAUGGUGUCAUUCCAAACGUUAUAUUGUACAUGUACAUUUCUACCACGUAAAGCUAUGAUUUCGUUUGAUUGAUAGAAUAGCAUUGUAUCCAAACAUAAAGGUGAUUUGUCAAGUAUGACACAAUCUUUGAUUGAUGUAUAUAUUUAGUAUACCAGGGAUUGUUGUACUACUCAAUGUGGUGUUAUAACUCAAGUAUACGAGAAGAACCAAAUCACAUUAGUUAUUAGAUUUUAAGACAAUGAACAUUAUCUUCAGUGGGUCAUUAGAGACACGCAUCUGUUCACGCACAUAAAACCUCACUUGUAAAUUGUAACCUGAUGUUAAACUUCCUCUCAAAACCUUUGUUUCAUGGGGGGGGGGGGUGUUACUGAUCUUGGGAUGUAUGUUAUUUCCAACUUUGUAUCAACUAAUCUAAUUAAAACAUAAUGUUAGUAAUAUGUCUCACACUGUGUCACUUGUUUCCAUUGAACAAACUGUUGCAUUUAAGUUCUUGAUAAACAACAAUAACAAACCGUAAUUUGUUAUACUUUGUUUUCGUGAAAUGUAUGUAAUUUAGUUAAUAUUUUAUACUACAUGUACAUGUAUGUUGUUAUUUUAGUAUUUACUUGAUUAUUAAAACGAAGAUUGCACAAUAAUUCUGUGGAAACACA